UAAUUCGCGAACGUUCUUCUCAAUGUGACUCGGAAGCUCAGAAAUGUGCCUAUCACAAUUAAAAAGAUUCAAUUUAUUAGGCAGGAGGUGAAACAAUGACCUAAUAUUAUCGGUCACUUAAAAAAAAUCGAAGUAUAGAUGACGAGUCAGAAUUAAAUUGGGACGUAAAACACUCUCUGAUUGGGACCGCGUGGGCUUUUAAAGAACGUAUCGUUCAUGUCGUUCGUGAACGAACGAACUCGCUGGAAUAUGAGGUUGGCGUGAGUUACUUUUGGUUAUGUGUCUUCUGAAAUUUAUUUGGACUCUGUCAAAAUCUGUUGUGAUAACAGUAUGAAUGUUAUGACUCGUCUUUUGAACUCAUUACCAGCAUACUGGGAGUACGUCAAGACUUAUAUAUUGCCUUCAUCUCGCGAAGAAUCGGAAGAUGGUUUUGAAGAACCACCUUCAAAAAGGAGACGUGUGGAUGCUGAUAGCCUUUUGCUUGGAAUACCAGAACCAGAAAAAAUUGAUAGAGCUAGACAUCGGAUGUACCAUUUGUACAAUGAAUCUGCUUGUGAUCCAAUUUUUCCCUCGGAAACUGUGUGCCGUAAACCGAAGAGGAAAUUAAGAUUGGAAUCACCUGUGGGUGAAUCUAUGACUGUUAAUGGAAGAAACUUUUCGGAUAAUGAAAAAGAAAAUAUUGAAAGGAGAUUAUCUGAUAAUGAAAAAGAAAAUAUAAUUGAAAAGAAAUUGUCAGAUAAUGAAAAAGAGGAAAAAGAAAAUGUAUCUGAUGCCCCAGAUCGAAGUGAAGAUGAAGCCAGUACGAAAGAUGAAAAGCAAUCAAGGAAGCCAGAUCUGAAAUUGAAAAGUGUUCCUGAGGAACGUGGAACUUGGUUUGACGCGGCAUCAACUUGCCGAGUAUUUACAUCUAGUGAUACAAAAAAUGAUAAAGAAAAUGAUGCCCAACAAUUGAAAUCUAAUGCUCCAAGCUUCUUGGAGAAACGAAAUUUUCCUACAAGUUUGCCACCUGAAUUUCGAGCCAAGAUGUUUAAUACUACUACAAAACCACUUUCAAGACCGGAAAUGAGUGGAGGAGGUGGUACAUCGUCUCUAAAGAGACCGAAUAGCAAUUCUCUCAGCUCUCUUUGUAGCAGUCAAUCAUCACCAGGUGGGAGAAAACUUCAGUUGUUAGACCAGAGUAUUCGACUUGAUGAAAGAGAAAAAUAUUCAGAAUUACUUCAGACUUAUACAAGAGUUCCAGUUAUGAAACAUCCCAUUUUUCAAGCUAGGCGUGCAAAGUCACCACCUGUGUCAUUUGCUUCUCAUACAAGGAAACGAUAUGGUAAUAAAGUAGAAGUUAUAGACUUGACUUCACAAACAGAAAGUAAAGAUGAAUUUAAGAAGUUGGGUGCCUUAUCGGAAAAAUUAGGUGGUAAAUCAGCUGGGUAUAUAGAACCUCUUCCAAGCAGUGAAUUAAAAAAGAAAUUAGACAAAUGCAAUGUUUAUGAUGUGUCUUGGAUAGAAGAAAUAACGAAAAUGUACAAUAGGAAAGACCGUGAAGUUAAAAGGCGAUUACAAGAAGAAAAAGUGAAAGCUGCUCUGUGCAGCAAGAAAAGUGAACAACUGUUGAAUGAAAUAUUAGAAGAAAGGGUGAGAGUACACCUGCGUUUAACGGAAGUAGCUGUUGAAGAAGGACCUGUUCCUCUUGCAGAAGAUGAGGAACCUCUACCUGAACUGACUGCUGAAAUGGAUAGAAUAGUCACAAGUGCAUUCAAGAGUGGACCAGGAGGACAAGUUUUAGUUGAAGCAUUCAGCCUAAGGAUAACACGUCGAGAUAUACACACCUUGGUGGGAACCAACUGGCUGAAUGAUGAAGUCAUCAACUUCUACAUGAAUUUGUUGAUCGAGAGGGGGAAGCUGGAUAACUAUCCCAGUGUCUAUUGUUUUAACACCUUCUUUUACCCUAAAUUAGAAUCUCAAGGCCAUUCGUCAUUGAAGAGAUGGACACGGAAGAUAGAUAUAUUUGCCCAUGAAUUACUUAUUGUGCCUGUUCAUCUCGGAGUACAUUGGUGUUUAGCCUGUAUUAAUUUAAAGGAGAAGAAAAUCUUGUAUUAUGACAGUAUGGGUGGAAAGAACAAUACUUGUUUGCAGACUCUUAUGAGGUAUCUUCAAGAUGAAAGCAUGGAUAAAAAGAAAGUCAAAUUUGAUAACACUGGUUGGGUUUUGGAAAAUGUCAAAGACAAUCCCCAGCAAAUGAAUGGAAGUGACUGUGGGAUGUUUUCCUGCAUGUAUGCAGAAUUCCUUUGCAGAAGAGCAAAAAUCACUUUUUCGCAAUCCGAUAUGUCUUAUUUUCGACGUAAAAUGGCCUAUGAAAUUCUCUCAAAAAAAUUAUUAAUGUAAUUGAAAAUUUCAGUGUUAGUAUAAAUUUUUCACUUUUCUUUCUUGGUAUGAUUUCUGUUUACACUACUGUAGUGGAGGGAUUUCAAUUAUUACUGAAAAUGGAAAUUUUCAUGGUAAUGAAUGGUGAAUGUGGCUGAGGUGACAGUUGUAGAAACAUGCAGUUUAAUAGUUUAGAAAAAAAAAAGUUUUCCUAGUUUCUAUGUCACUCUGCCAACAUUUUAUAAAUAUUGUAUAUUUGUCAUAUAGUACCACCAUUGUUUGUUUUUUGUGUGAAUGUUGAAUGGAAUAUUUUUCAACACUGAUUUGGUGAAGUUACUAAAAUGAAACUUUGUGUCACACUACCAGAAAUGUUGUGUCUUGCUGAUGAAUUUCUAAAUUCUAUGAUACCUGAUGGAACGAGAUGUAUUGGUGUUUAUAAGGCUCAUAUCAAUGAAAUUUAGGAAUAUUUGGUAUAUUAUUUGUGUUGUGUUUGUAAGUUUGUUUUUAAAAAAAACAAGAAGUAAUGUUGAAGAUGUUCAGAAUGAGGAAAAUUAGACCUAAUGACUUUCCCAGAAUGUUAUUUUCCUAGGCUACCAAAUAUUAAUUUUUCUAAUAAUGGAAAUAAUAUUACAUAAUUAAAGGAAUGUAUUAUAACCUGAAAAAUGUAUAAAGAUGCACAACACAUUUUUUUAUUGAUUUAGUCUAAGGUCCGUGAUAUUUGCAAUUUACUUUUUAUGUAAUGAAAUAUCAAUUUGGAAAAAUGUGUUGAAAAAAAUUCACUCUUCAGUUUUCUGCUUGUUUGCUAAGAAUUAAUUUGGCAAUUUCUUUCUUAAGAAGUUUUGACGUGAUUGUAAUCAAAAUGCAUUUUCACAUUUAACACUUUUUUGUAAUUUCUACAAGUGGUUUUGUUACUAUUUCACAGAAAUCUCUUGUGAUAGUUAAAAGAAAAUGCAGCACAUUCCUUGUAAUAUUUUCUAUGAAAAUGUGCCAGGUAAUAUUAUUACCACGAUAAUGGCUUUUGUACAUUAACAUUGCAAACUGUAAGAUAUUUUACUAGAUAUAAUUUUAGUGAAUCUGUGUAUCAAAGAGAACUUUAUACAGAAUCAUAUGUUGUUUCCUUGAAUUAAAAAUAAAUUCACUAAACUAAUUGAAGUACUAACUUCAUUGAAUCAUUAACUGUGCUUAUCCUUAAUUAUGUCAUCUCUGAAGUAACAUGUUUAAAGGAAUAAAGGGAAAGAGUUGUGGAUUAGAUUAGGCAUCUCAAUUUUUUUUGUCUUGCGCAUCUAACACACUAAGAUUUCAG